GAGAGAGAGAAGGAGAGAGAAGGAGAGAGAGAGAAGGAGAGAGAAGGAGAGAGAAGGAGAGAGAGCGAGAGAGAGAGCGAGAGAGAGAGAAACAACAAGUUAUUGACCGAGCCAUGUUUUCCCUGUCGGAGCUGGCGCCUCUGAACCAGCAUCAGAGUCGGAGUAAACUGUUGAAGCCCUGGUGGGAGGUCUUCAUGGACUACCUGGUGGUCCUGAUGCUGAUGGCGUCCGUCCUGGCUUGUACCGAGCAGCUGUCCAGGGACCGAGUGGUGUGCGUGCCAUUGGAUCCACUUGUUACCCCAAAUACCUCAGCUAGCGGGGCUGCGUUGAAACCAUCAUUGAAGCCCCACGUUCAACGCAACCUCGGCCCAAAUCUUCAUUCCACCGCCCGGGGUCGACGCACACACCUGGUCUACCAGCAGUACGUUUACGUAAGCCAGGUGUGCUACCACAAGGCGUUGCCGUUGUACUCCCGCUUCUUCCCCUACCUGGCCAUGCUGCAGUCCCUGGUGCUGGUGGCCAGCGGCUCCUUCUGGCUCCACUUCCCCCACACCUCCGCCCGCAUAGAGCACUUCCUGGCCAUCCUGGCAAAGUGCUGCGAGUCCCCGUGGACCUCCCAGGUCCUGUCUCACGCCGCCCGCCAGGAGAGCAUCCAGGAGAUGGAGGUGGCGGAGAAAAGGCCUCCACCCCGACCUCCGCUCUCCUCCACUUCGCCUUCACCCUCGGUGACACGCACGCGACGAACCAGCAUCGACUCGGGCACAGACAGCCCGCUCUUGAAGAGGUCCUUUGCCACGCCUCCCUCCCCGUGCCCGUCCACGCUGUCCUGUAACUCCACCAUGUCGUCCACGUCCCAGGUGCACUGUCCUCUGUCCAAGCCCUCGGGUGUGGUGGACAGCCCCAGGCAGGUGACCAGUCUGGAUAAAAGUGAUGGGGAACAGACCAGGGCGCUGUUCGAACGGGUCAGGAAGUUUAGGUCCCACAGCGAAAGCUCAGAUGUCAUUUACAAGGUCUACUUGGCUCAGACCAUAUUCAAACUGCUGAUGGUGACGCUGAUCCUGAGCUACAGCAUCCCUCUUCUCAGCUCGCUGUCCUUCACCCACACCUGUCACCCCGAGGAGCAGGCCCUGGUGGGCUACACCACCUUCGAGUGCAUCCACGUGCUCUCCUCCCUCCUGCGCAAGCUUCUGGUGGCUUACCUGACCCUCCUGGGGCUGUACGGCCUGCUGAACCUCUACACCCUCAGCUGGAUGUCACACAGCUCUCUACGGCAGUAUUCCUUCCACUCACUGAAGGAGUUGUGCUCCCUGCGAGAUGUUCCCGACCUGAGAAACGACCUGGCCUUUCUCUUACACAUGUUGGACCAGUACGACCCUCUGCUGGCCCAGCGUCUGUCCGUGUUCCUGUCCCCCGUGAGCGAGAGCCGGCUGCUGGAGGAGAGCGUGGAGAGGCGCUGGGGCGAGGAGAAGCUGCGUGCCAUGACCAGCGUGGAUGCAGACGGCUGCUGCAGACUGCAGCUGGUGGCCCUGCCUCGCCUCCCUCCGGCCCUCUUCACCCUCAGCCAGCUUCAGGUCCUCAAACUGGAGCUCAUCGCGGACGCCAGGUUCACUGCGCAGGUGGCCAACAUGACAUCACUCAGGGAGCUCCACCUCUAUCACUGCGCAGCAGCGGUGGAUCCCAGUGCACUUGGAGUCCUCCAGGAUCGUCUGGAGAUCCUCCACCUCAACUUCACCCAAGCGUCAGAGAUCCCCAGCUGGGUCCUCUCCCUCCGCAACCUGCAUGAGCUCCACCUCUCAGGUCGCCUGAACAGCGACGGCGGCGUGGGCCGCAGCUGGGCGUUGGGCAGCCUCCGCCAACUACGUCACCUCCGCGUGCUGGUGAUCCGAGGCAUGUUGCAGCGGAUCCCCGUGGAGCUGUGUGAGGUGACGGGCAGCUUGGUGCGGCUGGACGUCUACAACGAGGGCACCAGGCUGCUGGUGCUGACCGGCUUGAAGCGGAUGGUCGACCUGACCGAGUUGCUGCUCCAGGACUGCCGGUUGGAGCGUCUGCCCUCCGCCCUGCUGGCUCUCACCAACCUGCGGACACUUGACCUGCAGCACAACAACCUGAGGACUCUGGAGGAACUGCUCAGCCUGGCUCACCUGCGACGUCUGUCUUGCCUCAGACUGGCCUGUAACCGUGUUCUGGCGUUGCCGGCCUGUAUCGGUGUGCUGCGAGGCCUGGAGCUCCUGGAUCUAUCCAACAACCAGCUCCAGAGCCUCCCCCCGGCGCUCUUCACGCUCCGCCGCCUGCAAAGGCUCCUGCUGGCCGGGAACCUGCUGGAGGUGCUGCCUGCCGAGGUGAAGGAGCUGCAGCUGCUCACUGAGCUGGACCUCAGCGGGAACCGGGUGGAGAGCCUCCCCCCGCAGCUCUUCAGCAGCUGUUUGGAGCUGCACAUCCUCAACGUGGCUCACAACUCUCUCGGCUCGUUACCCGCGGGCGUCGCGGCUUUAACUCGGCUCUGCAGGUUGGACCUGCGCAGCAACAGUCUGGAGGAUCUGCCCGCGGAGUUGGGCGGCUGUACAGGGCUGCACGGAGGCGGUCUCCUGGUGGAGGACUGGCUGUUUCUUUCUUUGCCCCCCCAGGUCAGGGACGUCCUGAGCCGUUCUUGCCCCCGAUCUGGUACGUACCCAGAGAGUCGUUCACGACCACAGUCUGACAGUUUCCCGUUCUUCUCUCCUACGCAGUGGAGUUUCUCUUCUGCUCUGGAAUCACAGAUCUAACGACUCGUUCUCACUCCCAACUCAAAUACGAACGCCUGGGCAGCGUCUCUCAGCAUCUCUCAGCGUCUCUCAGCGUCUCUCAGCGUCUCUCAGCGUCUCUCAGCGUCUCUCAGCAUCUCUCAGCGUCUCUCAGCGUCUCUCAGCAUCUCUCAGCGUCUCUCAGCGUCUCUCAGCGUCUCUCAGCGUCAGAGACGACCCUUCAGCACCUGUAUGGAACACAUUGGGCAAAGUUGCAGCUCCACGGCGCUGUAAGAUGACGUAGUAUUAAGAUUUGAACUCAAGAAAGCAGAAAUUAUGAAUUAUUUUGACUUAUAGUACGUACAGAUGAGUUUACUCAUGAGUGAAUGAAACUGAUUAUUUUUAUUAUUAUUUUUUUUUUUUUUACACUAACACCACCUUACUACCACUAGUUUUACACUACGUUUGGAAUUCAUGGUCAAUAACCUCAAUUUAUAUAGAAUUAUGCACAAUACUUGAGUUAAAAAAGCAGAAAUUAUGAAUUAUUUUGACUAUAUAUAUAGUUAAGAUCAGAGGAAUGAAACUGAUCAAUUGUCUUUGCAAAGAGCGUUGGAAGGAAUCCAAUCAAUUUUUUUGGUAUUUUGGUAAAAAAGAAACUCAGAUUUCAGAUAUAGACAUUUUUUUUAAAGGGGUCAAAUUUGACCCGAGGACAACAGGAGGGAUGAUGUUGAUUUUGAGAUUUUAUUGUUGUUGGUGUUUCAAUGUUGUGAAAAUGUAUAGAUGUUGUAGUGUUGUCUUCGUGUUGUGGUUCCUGUUGUCAAAGUGGUGUUCUUGUGUUGUGGUUUGUGUUGUUGUUGUUGUUGCUGUUGUUGUUUUGGGCGUGUUUUUUAUUACUGUGAAAUUUGAUUGUUGAGAGAGACAGAGAUGUUAUUCUCUGUUUCCGGUCCAGGGGCCACAGAUGAAAAUUAGCCAAUAGAUAACUCUGGUACUGCUGAGGAGCUGUUGCAUCAUCCCAGUCAGAUAAAUACAUAAAACAAAUUUCACAACAGUAGUCACAACAAUAAUUGAACGUCUAAGUAAUAUUUAUAAUCAGCAUAAAUAGGCUAUCCGUAUCAUUAUCAUUCCCACAGAAGAGUGCGCAUGCAGUCUCUAACUGUGACCACAGAACAAUAAAAAUGAUUAGUGCUAAGCAUUCUGAGAACUCCUUCUUUUGGGAUUUGGGAAACCAUUUUAGGUGACGACCUCUUGAAGCGAGAGAGAAUUAAGAGAAUGCCAAGAGUGUGCAAAGCAGUAAUCAGAGCAAAGGGGGGGGGGGGGGGUACUUUGAAGAAACUAGAAUAUAAGACACGUUUUCAGUUAUUUCACACUUUUUUGUUAAGUACAUGAUUCCACAUGUGUAUGAGAAGGUGGUUCCAAACUUUUGGCCUGUACUGUAUAUCACGAUAUCUCGAUAUAUGACUUCCACAAUCACGAUAUCAUUCCACUGAAUGACGAUAAAGGAUCAUAUUGAGUUAACACCUUGGAUGCUAUUUUUCCUUGUCACAUGGUUGGACAUGGACGUCGUUAGGCUUAUUUUAAAAUGUUCCCAAGCCCCCCCAAAUAAUAAGAAAAAUGUUAGAUUUUUUUAAUUUAUUUUUUUACAGUGCACUCCGUGGCACUCACUUCGUGGAAUCCAUCUUCCUCCACCAUCCAUCUGUUGGUGUCUGUUUUUCAACAACUGGUCAAAAGGAUGUGUUUGAGGGACAGGCUGACGAGUGGCCACGUGCACGGUAACGCUACGUGGACGAGCGAGGUCUCUCUCUCCUCUCUCUUCAGUGAGAAUCUACAAUGUAAAUAGUCAUGAAAAUAAAGGAAACGCAUUGAAUGAGAAGGUGGUACUGCAUGUUGCUAUAUAUUAGGAUGUACUGCAUGUUGCUAUAUAUUAGGAUGUACUGCAUGUUGCUAUAUAUUAGGAUGUACUGCAUGUUGCUAUAUAUUAGGAUGUACUGCAUGUUGCUAUAUAUUAGGAUGUACUGCAUGUUGCUAUAUAUUAGGAUGUACUGCAUGUUGCUAUAUAUUAGGAUGUACUGCAUGUUGCUAUAUAUUAGGAUGUACUGCAUGUUGCUAUAUAUUAGGAUGUACUGCAUGUUGCUAUAUAUUAGGAUGUACUGCAUGUUGCUAUAUAUUAGGAUGUACUGCAUGUUGCUAUAUAUUAGGAUGUACUGCAUGUUGCUAUAUAUUAGGAUGUACUGCAUGUUGCUAUAUAUUAGGAUGUACUGCAUGUUCCUAUACAUUAUGAUGCAUCAUAAUGGAAAUCAGUCAUUGCCCAUGCAGUCCAAGAAGCCUACGGGUCCCAGAUUUUAUUAAAAUAUGAAAUGUUUGUCCUUCAGAGCUUAAGACAAAUCUCCAAAUGGAAUUUAUUUAGACUUAACUGUUCCUAAUUAUUUUGUUUUGUUAGCGUAAU